GGGAACCCAUGGCCAACUAUUGUCCUCGAGGUUAUUUCCUUUGAAACGCUUGAACACGUAAAGAACAAGAUCAACAACUUUUGGCUAGGUCCAAACCGUUGUGAGGAUGUGAUUGUCAUUAGAUUGGGCAAUUGGAGUAACAGGCGCCGUAAUCGGAAUGGACGACCUUUGCGUCGUUUGCAAUAUUUCCAAUUCUGUCGACGUACAACUCUCCAACUAAACCAAAACGCUACAACAUUUGAUCCAAUUCAAGAGAUUGAGUUUGGAACUGUUGGCGCAAACGGAAGGGCUUGUAAUUUUUGCCCGGCCCCCCAAACGAAAUGGCUUACAAUUGACCGUGAUUGCAUUUAUGUGGGAUGUGCACCUCCUCUCCCUCCUCUUCAGGUUCUUUUUCAAACUUCUGCACCUGGAGUUGCUAUCGAUUUAUAUGAGAUACAACAGGCGAUUUUCGAUGAUAUGG